AUGAGGCAGCUCGCCGCCGCCUCCCUUCUCUCACUCCUGAGGGUGCUGCUCCUGCCUACGGCACCGGCCCCCGCCCCCGCCCAGGAUUCCCUCUCGACCUCCACUCCGGGCAGCCCCCUCUCUCCCACCGAGUAUGAGCGCUUCUUUGCGCUGCUGACCCCAACCUGGAAGGCAGAGACCACCUGCCGGAUCCGCGCAACCCACGGCUGCCGGAACCCCACCCUCCUCCAGCUGGACCAGUAUGAAAACCACGGCCUGGUGCCGGAAGGCGCUGUCUGCUCCGACCUCCCUUUUGCCUCCUGGUUUGAGUCCUUCUGCCAGUUUACUCAGUACCGUUGCUCCAACCACGUCUACUACGCCAAGAGGGUCGGGUGCUCCCAGCCAAUCUCAGUCCUCUCACCAAACACUCUCAAGGAGGUGGACACUUCCUCUGAAUUGCCGCUCACGACGAUGACCUCCCCCAAGUCCUCCCACAUCACAGCCACAGAACGACAGGCCUGGCCCGAGCGGCUUAACAGCAGCGUGGAGGAGCUGCUACAAUCCUCCCUGUCCCUGGGCGGCCAGGAUCAAGGGCAGGAGCGGGAGGGACAAGAGGAGGAGUGGGAGGAAGGACAGGGCACAAAGCAGGCGCUGGAGACGACGUCUGGGUUGCAGGCAGACCCGGAGCCCAAGACCCAGUCUGAAUUUGUAUCCUCCAACCCUUUCUCCUUCACUCCCCGGGUGCGGGAAGUGGAGUCUACUCCCAUGAUGAUGGAGAACAUCCAAGAGCUCAUCCGAUCCGUGCAGGAAAUGGAUGAAAUGAAUGAAAUGAAUGAUGUAUAUGAGGAGAAUAUCUGGAAAGCCCAGAGCCCCGGCAGUCUCCUGCAGCUGCCUCACGUGGAGGCCUUGCUGGCACUGUGCUACUCAAUUGUGGAGAACACCUGUGUCAUAACCCCUACAGCCAAGGCCUGGCAGCACUUGGAGGAUGAGAUCCUUGGUUUCGGGAAGUCGGUCUGUGACAACCUUGGGCGGCGACACGUAGCUGCAUGUACCCUCUGUGAGUUCUGCUCCCUGAAGCUGGAGCAGUGCCACUCGGAGGCCAGCCUGCAGCGGCAGCAGUGUGACAGCUCCCACAAGACGCCCUUCAUCAGCCCCCUGCUCGCGUCCCAGAGCACGUCCAUCGGCACCCAGAUAGGGACCCUAAAAUCGGGCCGCUUUUACACACUGGAUUUGUACGGCGGGCUACGCAUGGACUUCUGGUGUGCCCGGCUGGCCACCAAGGGCUGCAAAGACAAUCGAGUCGCCAGCUGGCUCCAGACUGAGUUCCUCAGCUUCCAGGAUGGGGACUUCCCCACCAAGAUUUGUGACACGGAAUAUGUGCAGUACCCGAACUAUUGUGCCUUCAAAAGCCAGCAGUGUAUGAUGAGAAACCGGAACCGGAAGGUGUCCCGCAUGAGAUGUCUGCAGAAUGAGACGUACACCGUCCUGACCCCGGCCAAGAGCGAGGACCUCGUGCUUCGAUGGAGCCAGGAGUUUAGCACCUUGACUCUUGGCCAAGCCGGCUGA